UCUGUGGGGGGCGGAGCUUCCCACCUCAUCGCCCGUGUGCUCGCACUCCAGGACUUAUCCAGCACAUGAAAUAAUUUUGAUUACAGUAUUCACCACAGCUACGCCCUGACGCCCCUCAGACUGUCUGUUUGUGUUUAAAAUCCCUUUGUCUCCCCCCUCCCCUGCUGCACACUGCAGGUGAAUAUGCAAAACUCACCUGAGAAGGAACCAAGGAGCACUGUUUCUGUUAGAGAAGUUUUAUUUGUGUUGUGGAAUAAACCAGAACAUUUGGAGGCUUUGUGUGUGUGUGUGUGUGUUGUGGUUUGCCGUCACGUGUUCAUCGCUCAGCAAACAGCCCUUCCCAGUUCUUUCUGCAUACGCACAUCAAACAUUCCUCUUUGCUGUGUUACCUUUUCACUAAAUUUCUUGUCGGACUCGCUUAGCAGUACCUGUGUGACUUGGUUAAAAGGCAAGCGUUUAGGACUCCGGUAACAAAUUGUUCCAUAUGAUGGCAUCGCGCCAGUCAGCAGCCGAUACUUUGUUCGCAUUUUAUUGAACAAGUAAAUUUCCUGGGAAAUGGCCAUUCAAAGUGUCAGGCUUUUCUCUUUUCUGCUGGUGUCGGUAACCUGCCUCAUUCUUGUAGUCCUGUUCCAGGGUAAUUUACCAGGAAGCAACCGCUGGACAAAUGUCUUCCGAUCCAGAGGAGAAAACGGCUCACUUAAAAAUGAUGAAACAUGGGAAACAGAAAAUACCAUAAAUUACAGGACCACCCGAAGGAAUACAGUGACAGCACCAAAAACUGAAACAAAGACCACCCCAGCUGAGACUCCUAUUCCCAUGUUAUAUUUAAAAUCUUUUGGCAAGCUUCCCCAGUGGGGUUUUGAGGACGUUUAUAACCAGGAUGUUCCACCUAGACCGACAACAUGUGCCCAGUCUCUGCAUAACUCCAAGGACGAGGCCUUCCAGAAGACUUUCCUGCCCAACGUAUGCCUGUUUCUGCACAGAGACAACAUGAAUAUGAGCGAGUGGAACAGACUUUCACAUCAUAACAACCCGUUUGGGUUUAUGCAAAUGAAAUAUGAUGAGGUAAUGCCUGCAUUAAAGAUGAUUCCUAAGCCAACAGAACCGCUGCUCCUUCCGAAACCAGGCGGCGAUGGUUGCAUUCACUGUGCUGUGGUAGGAACCGGAGGCAUCCUCAACGGUUCUAAAAUGGGAGCUGAGAUUGAUGCGCAUGAUUAUGUUUUCCGGAUGAACGGUGCAGCAAUCAAGGGUUAUGAGGAAGACGUUGGGAGAAGAACGUCGGUGUACGUUCAUACCGCCCACUCAAUCACUACAUCGCCUAUCUUAUUAGGAGAAUAUGGUUACAAAUCUGCCCCACACGAUGAGGGAAUAAAAUAUGUCCUGAUUCCUGAGGGAGUCAGGGACUUCCAGUGGCUCCAGGCUCUUCACAAUGGAAGCAAAGUCUCUUCUGGUGAAUAUGAAAAUGAAGAUGCCAGAGCCUACUAUUCAGGACAGUUCAAUGAGAGCCGCUUUUAUGUUCUACACCAAGAUUUUAUGCGAUACGUACGGAACAGGUUUUUAAGAUCUAAUUACCUGGACACAGAGUACUGGUCAAUUGUCCGACCAACCAACGGGGCGUUUGCCAUCUUCUUAGCUCUGCACACCUGUGACACGGUGAGUGCGUAUGGCUUCAUGACAGAAGACUAUGGCAAAUACUCCAACUACUAUGUUGAAAAGAGACGGAAAACAGAAAUCAUUUUUUACGYCAACCACGACUACAUUCUGGAGAAGGAUCUGUGGAAGAGUUUCCACGACAGAAAAAUAAUGAAGCUGUACCAAAGAACUGAAAGUCAAACAGAGACAGAAAAGCCAAAGCAACUCUGACACUGAAAACCUUGACUCCAGCAUCGAAAGCUGACUCUGUUUUUUUUACUGUUCGUUUAAAAAAAUCUUAUGAGAAGGUUAAAUCUGUUGUCUACAAUCAUUAAGAAUGGGCUUUAYAAGUGCACUUAAAAUUUAAAAUGCAGUAUUCAACUCAUCAUUGCUGUUGUGAAACAAUGUGAAAGAGGCUGACAAGAAGAAUUUGGCCGUUGAAAACAGCUGUGGUAUGAAGUCAAGCCAUGUACUUUGGAGAAAUGAAGCUGAAAAUAAGCUGCCGAGGUUGAAGAAAUUGUGAUUUAUUUUUUAAAUUUAUUUGUCAUUCUGAAACAGUAUUUGUGUGUUUGUGUAAUAUGUUAAAUACUUU